GAAGUCAAACAGACAGCACCAGCACCACUCGCUGAAUGCGCGCUCUCGCAGAUAAACACUUCCGGCCAGGGGCCGUUGGUCGGCGCGACACUUGUGACGACACUUCCGGUGCACGAGAGCCGUUCAUCAACAAGCAAGCAGCAACACACCGAAAGAGCUAACAUGUCAGACAAGAAGCAGACGGUAGACUUGGGUUUACUGGAGGAGGAUGACGAGUUUAUAGAAUUCCCAGCCGAGGAUUGGACGGGGCUGGAUGAAGAUAAAGAUGAGCAUGUUUGGGAAGACAACUGGGACGAUGACAAUGUGGAAGAUGACUUUUCAAAUCAACUAAGAGAGGAGCUUGAAAAACACGGUUACAAGAUGGAGACGUCCUAGUGGCUCGCUCAGCCUUUCAAGAUUCAAUGAUGUUGGAUUUGGAAAUUCUUAUUUGGUUAUUACUGGCUCAGUCAUCGUUCCAGCUCAAGAAGACAUUUGAGGAUAUUAUUUUUGUUUCUUUUUUUUUAAAGAAAUAUUUAUGGAAAUAAAGUGUUCUGAGAAAAAAAAUCCCUUUAAGUGUUUUUGAGCAUUGCAGUUAUGGGACACAUGAUGGCACCUGCCGAAUAGUUACGAUAUGGUUUAUGUUCCAGGCCCCUGUAUUACAUCCAGAUUAGGCUUGUAUUAAAUUGGAUUUCUGUUCCAAAUAAAAAAGAAGUUUUUUUUCCACUUAAGUAAUCAUGUUCCAGA